CAUAAAAACAUUUCUGAACGCAACAUAGGGGCGUUAAACAAUCCGCCAUUUUGUCCCAGUGACAAUUUAGGAUUUAAAUUAGUUUUUAACCCGUCUUUUUUUAAUUAAUCCGUUAUUCAAAGUGAUAUUUUGUGAGCUGUGUAGUGUUUAAAAAGCCUGUGAUAUUUUUGUGUAAAACUAUUUUGUUUACGUUACGCAUAUCUUGACGUUAUUAGUUGACCGAUUUUGACGUCGAACGGACAACUAGAUAAUCAAAAUGGGUACAAGAGAGGACGAAUACGAUUAUUUGUUCAAAGUCGUUUUGAUUGGGGACUCGGGAGUGGGUAAAAGCAGUCUUCUUUCGCGUUUCACUAGAAAUGAAUUCAACUUAGAGUCAAAAUCGACAAUAGGAGUGGAAUUUGCAACAAGAAGUAUAGAGGUUGACGGUAAAACCAUAAAAGCUCAAAUAUGGGAUACCGCUGGUCAGGAGAGGUAUCGCGCGAUCACGUCCGCGUACUACCGCGGCGCGGUCGGUGCGCUGCUCGUCUACGACAUCGCGAAACAUCUCUCCUACGAGAACGUUGAGCGGUGGCUGCGUGAACUGCGCGACCACGCCGAUCAGAACAUAUUAAUCAUGCUCGUCGGUAACAAGAGCGAUCUUAGGCACCUUAGAUCUAUCCCAACAGAAGAGGCAAAGGCAUUCGCGGAACGGAACGGGCUUAGUUUUAUUGAAACAUCCGCUCUCGACUCGACUAAUGUGGAACCGGCAUUCCAGAAUAUAUUAACGGAGAUCUACAGGAUCGUGUCCCAGAAGCAGAUGCGCGACCCGCCCGAGGGCGACGUGAUCCGGCCCGACGCCGAGCCGGCCGACGUGCGGCCCUCCGGCGCCGACUCCGUGCGCAAGCAGUGCUGCCAGUAGACCGAAAGUCCUGAUAAUUUUGGAGUGGAAGAGAGAAAUAAAAAGGAAUACAAAAUGCAAGAAAAUGAAUCAUUCCCAGACAAGGUCUAAUCUAUAAAAACAGAACUAUAGUUGCCAGAUCAAAAAUAAACAGUUAAAUAUAAAAAACCUGCCAUUAAAAACAACUUAUAUAUAUUAUACACAGGAUUAUAAUGUGUCUUGAUAUCGCUUGUUAAAAAUAUAUUUAUUUUUGACUGGCAACACUCAACUCGGAAGCAGUUAAGAGCGGCUCAUGUAGAUAGCUUUGUGUAAUUAUUGAUAUUUAGUGUCGGAACUAUUAAAAGGUUAAAUCUAUAAUAAUUAUAAUGUGGAGAUGCAAUUUAUCACAUCGUAGUACGAGUCAGAGCUAUGAACGCACUCUAUUAUUAUUUGGCGCUUUCUAGGAACGUACACAACUGAAUGAUUUUUUUUUUUAAUUUAAGAGGUAAAAAAAUAUUUGUUUUGGACUUAGUGAAUAAUUCAUACAUCUAUUUAUUUAGUUAAUAAAAGUGUUUAACUAGCCAGUUCUUUAAUUAUUUGUUAUCUAUAUAAAUUUCGUUACUGGCGCUGGUUCCCUGUGACGUCAUUUGUCACGCGUUAAUUUUUGACAAUUCAGUUGUCAUUAAUUGCGACACUAGCGUUGUAUAUAUAUUUUUUACUAAACUACCCUUAAAAUUAAAAGCAGUAAUUUGUUUCGUGAAUUGAAAUUAAAACAAGACAGCUUCAUAUCCAUUUAACAUUUCGCAUAACAUUAGCUGAUAGAUGUAAUAAGGGAUGAGACAGCAUUAUUAAAUCAUUUUUUCUUUAUGGAUAUUACGUGCCUUCGGACAUGGCGACAUGUACGUUUUGUUAGAGCUUUUUUUUCAUGUUGAAGGUUGAGAAUCGUCUAAACGCCUUAUCUAAUAUAAUUCCAAUAACUUCGAUGGCAAACCGAUCGAUGACGUCACGUUUUCAACAGAAUUAUAAUUUUUCUUUUUUUAAAACGUUUCUUUUUUAUUAUUACAAUUUGAAACAAUGGUGGUAUUCGGAAAGUUUAUUAUACAAUUAAAAUAUAAUUUGUUGAAAUUAUUUGAAACAUAAGUUCAAAGGAACGUGGCAAAGCAUUUCUUAGAUAAAACACGUGUAAAGGUUUUCGGCUUUACGUACAAACGUUAUUUAGGAGGUGAUCAGUUAAACAAAUGCUGUCUUUUUCUUUCAAAUGUCAAGUGAAUGAUGAUAGAAAGAGAUAUCGUUGUUAUACUAAACAUCCUCUAAGUAAAGUUUUUAAGUAAUGUCGUUUAUGAUAACAGCUAUAUAAGUGUUAGUUUUAAAAGCAUUUUAUAAUAUUAAUAUAGGAUCUAUUGGCUGUGUCGACGUGGAGUUAUUGGUCACAUCGAAACGAACCAACAUCAUAAUCGCUUCAUAGGAAAAUAACAUUUGCAUUAAUUGUAAUAAGAGUUAUUUUUAAGUGCCGUUUAUGACAAUACUCAAAUUGGUCUCAUUAACAUCGGUCCUGUGGCUCCUUAAGGCUUGUCUCAACAUGCGGUGUUCGUUGUGUAAGAAAUAUGUUAUUGUAUUAUGAUCUUUCAUAAGCAUGGUUAUUUUUUUAGUGCCUAUCUGUAAUUACUUUAUUAAAGACAAAGAUAAUAAAAUAUAAUGUAAAUUU